AUGUCGACACGUCUCAGCCGCUGCCUCAAAGCUAUGCAAACUGUUGGCUUCUGGCGCAGCACAGAGAAUGGAAAGACUCCCAGUUUGGAACUGCUGCAUCAUGGCACUGUUUAUGCCAAUCAGCUGCAACACCAUUGGCUAAGCAUGCGACAGCUGGCUGUUAACUUUGGCCACAUUGAACACACUACAGAAAUGAUUGAUCAGUCUCGUUUCUCCUUUACCCAUUCCAAGCAAUUUCGGGAACAGUUUCAACAGCUUCGGCAAUCGUAUCCCAGCAGGGCGAAAUGUCCCACAGUGCUAAAGCAUCAAAAGAGCAUGCCAUCUAACUCAAAAUCAAAUACAAUCUUUCAGCAUCAAAGCAACGUCACACAACUAAUUACAGACUUCUUUGUGGACCCGCACCGGGGCCUGGAGCACUUUUAUAAUCUGCAGCGCGAGAGCAAAAUCUGGUGGAUGCGCUACUCCUCAAAUCCCAGUCGUUAUGCUAUCGUGCCCUACGAUUGUCAUGCAGACCUAGAGCAUUGUCAGGCCAUUGAUAUUAAAGCUGGCUUCGGGGAAGCAGGCGAAGUGACUGUGGAACAGCUCAGUUUGGUGCCGCUGCCCGCUGGAAACGAUUUUGAAUUACCCGAUGCACGCACUACCAAAAUGCAGCUGCCAAUGGUGAUCCGCUCUGUCAUCGAACUGGAACCAGCCACCUGUGCCCUUUUAUUGGACGGCUGCGACCAUGGCAGAGAGUCGCGUUCACUGCUACUGAAUCGAGUGCUGGCGCCUUAUCAAUGUGGCAUUGUAGCAAUGCAAAAGGCUGAGAAAUCCUCAACAGAACUUCAUGAUCUUUGCGCUCACAUGGUGGACGUUUUACAGAGUGCCCGACUACGGCUUCAUGUUAUUGAUGAUCAAGGCUACAGUUUGGCCAAGAAUAAAGAAGAAAUGACACAUCACCUGGAACAAUCCGAUUGCCUAGGAGUCCCAUAUAUGUUGCUGUUAGAUGAGCGACAGUCGCUUACCAAUGGACUGAUGCAAUUGCGCAGCCGCGACACGCAGCUGGCAGAGAUGAUACACAUUAGUGAUUUACCAGACUAUUUGUUAAAUAUAUUUAGAAGCUUUUAA